AUAAAACCCUGAAAUUCGAAGUUUUCUUUUUUCUUUUUUGUUUGUUUUUAAUUUUAUUGCUGUGUGUUUUCUUUUCAUUCUUUCUCUUUCCAAAGCAUUCUCUUUUGUUUCUGCUUGGACGGUAAAUUCUUGGGGUUCAAACACUUUUCUCCUCCUGUCCAGUGGAGAAAGUGAAGGAAAAAGAACAGAAAAAAAGAGAGGAAAGAGAAAGAAAAUAAAUCCAAAAAAGAAAAAAUUAGGAGGGAAAGUUUUUUAAGAUUCUUUAAAAAAAAAAAAACUAUUAUUGAAACAUGGGUUGUUUUGGUUGCACUGGUCAUUCAACCGACGAUUCAGACUUCCCAAGAAACAAGAACAACAGGAGGAAUGCUAACAACAGCAAUAAAAACAAACCCCAUGAUCAAAGACAAGCCGUUUCCGGUCCCAGUUCCUGUUCCAGUUCCAGUUCCGUAAAAAAUGCAUCAAAAGAGAGUGUAAGGAAGGAAGAAGCAUCUAAGGAUGAGGAGUUAUUGAUGGAGGUAAGGAAUAUGAGUUUGCAUGGUGGUGAGGAUUCCAAAGUUGGAAAAGCUAUCAUGCGGGCACAGUUGUUUACAUUCGAUCAAGUCAUAGCUGCAACCGGCAACUUUAGGUCCGAUUAUUUAUUGGGGGAAGGUGGUUUCGGUAAAGUUUACAAGGGAUUCUUGGAGGACACAAACGAGGUUGUUGCUAUUAAGCAACUUGAUCAAGAUAGUCUUCAGGGCAGUAGAGAAUUCGCUGCCGAAGUAUUGACGUUAAGCACAGCUGAGCACCCAAAUCUCGUGAAAUUAAUAGGGUUUUGUGCCGAGGAUGAACAAAGACUAUUGCUUUACGAGUACAUGCCAUUAGGGUCUUUGGAAAACCAUUUGCACGAUCUCUCACCUGACCAAAAACCACUCGAUUGGAACACGAGAAUGGAAAUAGCAGCUGGUGCGGCGAGGGGAUUAGAGUAUUUGCAUGUUAAAAUGAAGCCACCGGUCAUAUACCGUGACUUGAAGUGCUCCAAUAUUUUGCUUGGUGAGGGAUAUCAUGCCAGGCUGUCUGAUUUUGGCUUAGCCAGAGUUGGUCCUAGUGGGGAUAAAACUCAUGUUUCUACAAGGGUUAUGGGCACUUAUGGUUAUUGUGCACCGGAUUAUGCAAUGACUGGACAGUUGACGUUUAAAUCCGAUAUCUACAGCUUAGGGGUUGUCCUUUUGGAACUGAUUACGGGUAGGAAAGCAGUUGACUAUUCGAAAGAUCGUAAUGAACAAUAUCUUGUUGCUUGGGCACGACCUUUGUUUAAAGACCGAAGGAAUUUUUCUCAAAUGGUUGAUCCUCUGCUACAAGGUCAGUAUCCGAUGAAAGGUCUCUACCAAGCUUUGGCCGUUGCUGCAAUGUGCGUACAGGAACAGCCUAACAUGCGUCCGGCUAUAUCUGACGUAGUUAUGGCUCUGAAUUACCUAACCGUCCAGAAAUAUGACCCUAACAACUCUGCUCAGAGCUCACGAAGGAGCAUGACAUUGUCACCGGGGAAAGGACGAGUUGCAGAUCGUGUUAAGGGUUUCUGAGCCGGAGAAUCAUGUACAUAUACAUAUAAUAUUAGAAAUAAAAACGGCAAAUAUACUUAAUACUAUAUGGUGCCAAUUUAUCGGAUUUUGCACACAUAA